AACUGGCCAAAACAAAAGGAAACGGAAACGGAAAUUGAAACGGUGGAAUGGCGGAAGUGAAAUACCUUCAAUACUGCAAUUUCUACAAACCGAUUCUGGUGGAGGAGAUGCUACUCGUUGACCAUCCUUCACUGCUGCACAACGGAAAGUGCUCCGCGAUCGGAGAGCUGGCCUGCGACGAAGACAAGCUGCUUUCUUUGAUGGUUCCCUACUUUCCCGAGAGUGUUCAACUUGAAGAUGGCAUAUUCGCAAUCGAUAUUUCCUUUCGUAAUUACCGCGGGAGGAUCCCGCGACGAGGAGCUCAUGUUGAGGUGUGUGGCACUGUUAUGCUGUACGAUACCCAAAGUUCCGGUGAAAUGGAUUCGACCACUACUUCCGGAUUCCUGCGGGAACAGCUGAUGGAAACAGAUGAUGUCGCCAAAUUAUUUCAAGAAAUGCAUGUGAAGUAUAAGCCCUUCAUUGAAGUGGAAUUCAUUAACCAAGUCGCGAAUGCAAGGCAAUUAAUUGCGUGUAAUCUGCGCAUGAGAGGGCUGCAGCCAUCAGUUUUUGCAGAGGCUGCAGAAACGAGCUAGAAUUUACCAGAUUUAAGUUGAAUAAUUGUUACAGAAUAAAAUAAAGUUGAAUAAAUUGA